UGUCCCAAGCAAAAUGUUAUUAGUCCUUUCCAGUUGCUGCCCAGUACGGAAUAACAUUAAAUUCAUUUCAAUUUAGUGGUUUUCCAAAUUUAUUUGCUUGUCAGUUUCUUCCUGUAUCAUCAUCGCCAUCAUAAUCAUCGCCAGCUUUCUUUGUCCCAAUAUUAAACAAAAAACUUGAGGGAAUAAAGUUAACAUUGUAUCAUCAAAACCAUCACCAAAAUAUUCACAAAAGCUGUGAAUGUAACCUUUUUAUUUUUGUGGUAAAACAAAGACACAAACAAUUAUACAUACCUUUUGGACAAAAAACUAGUUAUUCCAAGCUAAUUUGCCAGCAGCAACCACAGUCCCAUGGCUGUACGAUAAACAAGGAUUUAAUUUGUAAUUAAAAGUUGAUUUUAAAAACGACAAUAAUUUAAGUUAAACUAAAUCCAAUCUUUUCAUUCGACUGUGAACAACUGCCAAGAAAUGAAAACUGCCAUAUUUCUUAUUCUUGUCACAUUACUCAUCGGUCAAACAUGGGGACAAGGUCGACGAGCACCACAAUCUGGUAGUCAACCAAAUAGUCGUCGAUCUCAAGUUCCAUCACCACCUUCAUCGACCCCUGCACCGCCUCCAUCACGAGGAGUUUCACGUAAUAAACCCGAGGAACCAGAGGAAAGUGAAGAUGGCGAUGAUCAAGCUCCAUUUGCUUGUCCAAGAUCAGAUGGACUUUACGCUGAUCCCAGUAAUUGUAAAAGAUUUUACCUUUGCGGUGCUUACCAUGCAUACUCACAAGCCUGUCCACCUUCACUUUAUUUUGAUGACAAGCUUAAAUUUUGUACUUUUAAAACUGCUUCCUUGAUUUGUGGUCCAGUUGAAGAAGAUCCAGAAGAAAAAUUUUCAACAAAUCAAGAAAAAUUGACCAUUUGUAAUAAGCAAACUUGUCAGCUUCCAAAUUGUUUUUGCUCUGAUGAAGGAACAACCAUUCCAGGAUCAUUGCCAGUAUCACAAGUUCCUCAAUUUAUUCUGCUCAGUUUCAGUGGAGCUGUUAAUGAACUUGUCUUUGAUCCUUACAAGAAGAUUCUUGGUUACAGUGGCAAAUAUUCAACCGCCCAAUCAAGGAAUAAUCCAAAUGGAUGUGGAAUCAAAUCAACCUUUUUCAUCAAUCAUGAAUAUGCCAAUUAUGCAGAAAUUCAAUGGCUCGCUGCACAGGGACACGAAAUUGGACUUCAUACAAUCACUCAUAGAACACCCGAAACAUGGUGGACUGAUCGUGCCAACUAUUCUCAAUGGGCUGAAGAAGUUAUUGGAAUGAGAGAAAUACUUCUUAAAUUUGCCAAUGGAGGAGUUACCACAAACGGAGUCCUUACAAGGGACAAUAUUGUCGGCCAUCGUGGACCUUACUUUAAACCUGGUGGCGAUGCAAUGUUUGAAAUGUUACAUGAUUUUGGUUUAAUGUACGACUCUACGAUUGUUGCUCCUCGAAGUCCUGUACCCAUUUGGCCCUUCACAUUUGAUCAUCGUCAACCAUUUGACUGUUCAAACAAUGCUGCCAACAAUAAUAAUGGAGGCAAUGGUCAAUCUGGAAGUUCAUCUUCUGAAGGAAGAGCAGACAUUCUUAAUUCUGAUGGACGAAAUGGACGAGGACCACCACCAGGAACUCCUCAAAGGCAGAAACGAUCAACUCAUCUUUUGGAUAGAUCCAAACGUUCCUCACCUUAUCUUGGUCGGCCUCUUAAAUGUCCAACCAAAGCUUAUCCAGGACUCUGGGAAAUUCCAAUCAACCCAUAUUUCAAUGAAUUUAAUACAUGUCAUCACUUGGAUCAAUGUGUUUUCCCAUCGGCUGAUGAAACAGAUGAUGGAUCAGACAUAGUCGACUUCCUAACAGACAACUUUAAUCGCCAUUAUUCAACUAAUCGUGCACCAUUCCAAUUGAAUUUCCAUGUUACCUGGUUCACCUCUAAAACCAAGGUUCGAGCCUUGAACAAAUUUAUCGAGCAAACAUUAAAGGACCACAAGGAUGUUUACUUUGUCACCUUCCAACAAUUGAUUUCCUGGAUGAAAGAUCCUCAACCUUUGGGCACUUGGAGUCCUAAAUGUGAAGAGCCAAAGUCUGGAGCCUGUAAUCGUCCCCAUACUUGUGUCGUUAAACACUAUCUCGAUAAGAAUGGUGAAGCAGCUACAGCUGAUGAAGCUGUUCGAUCAGACACUCGAUAUAUGCCAAUUUGCCAUCCAACCUCGUGCCCAUCUCAAUAUCCAUGGUAUGGUAACCAUGCUGGCUCUACUCGUAAUUUCAAAACAAUUAUGGCUUUAGUCGAUGAAGCACUUGGAGCUGAUGGAAACGAUAAUAAUAACAAUAGCUCAAAUAAUAACUCAACACAAUCAGCUUAAUUAAAUUUGAUUUUUUUGUUUAGACAAAACUACAGCACACGAUUACAAUUGAUGUAUGAAGAUGAUUGACUAGUAAAAAAGUUCUUCGCUAUAGACUGUUAAAUUUUCCGUCGAUACUUGAAACUCAGUGCAUUAGAUGCUUGACUUUCUCAAAUAAUUACCUGAUGCUGAUCAUAAACAAUCAAUGUUAUUGGAUCACCAUUUUGGGUACGAAUUUUAAAAAACAAACUCAAUAUUUUCUUGUAAUUUUUCAUUCUUAUACACACUUCAUGAUCACUUCAUUGAUCAUUGUUUUUUUUAUAAAAACUAUUUUUUAUAGUUUUCAUUCACCUUCUAUUUAAUUACAAAUAAAAACAAUAAUUAGUUAUAA